AUGGUCAUCCGCAAGCGCUGCCUCCUCUGGGACUACACCAACACGCGCGACCGCCCGGGCGCCAUCGACCAGCUCAACUUCAACGGGCCCUUCCGGUCGGUCGCCAACUGGAACACGUGGGCGCCGCCGGAGCUCAAGGGCCGGCUGCCGUACUACCCGCAGGCGCGCACGCCGGCGCAGCUCCAGGACGGCUCCGAGGACUACCGCAACUUCCAGGCCGUCAUCGGCGCCGCCGGCAGCAAGCCCAUCAAGGUGCUCUUCCUCAACGAGCCCGAGCGCAUCCCCUGCAGCCCGCAGCAGGCGGCGCAGCUCUGGCGGCAGAAGAUGCUGCCCCUGCGCCGGGGCCACGGCAACGUCAAGCUCGUGGGGCCCAGCUGCGCCUCCGACGACGCCGGCCACAAGUGGCUGCGCGAGUUCAUGGGCGCCAUCGGCGGCGACAAGCCCGACUUCCUCGGCUGCCACUGGUACGGCACCGACGCCGGCGCCUGCAAGAAGUACCUCGAGGGCCUGCACAACGAGUUCAAGCUGCCCCUCUUUGUCAGCGAGAUCGCCAGCAUCAGCCGCGACGGCAACCAGGUCAACGCCUUCACCGCCGACAUGGCCGACUGGAUGGACCACCAGGGCUUCGUCGAGGAGUACGCCUUCUUCGGCUGCAUGGCCCACGUCGCCGACAACUUUGUCAGCCCCGCUGCCCAGCUCAUGGCCCCCGACGGCAAGUUCACCCCGCUUAUGAAGCGGCUGAUGAACGACCAGCCCAUGAAGAAGUAA